AUGCUAUCGCCUUGGAGCGUGCUAUUCGGGGUAGUCUUCCAGCAUGCGCUGGCCUCAACAGUGCACUGCAACGCCAGUGAUGCCAGUCUUGCUGUGGCUGAGAGCAUGGAGUGCACGGACUCCUGGCGACGCAGUGCUGAUGGAGACAACGUCCUUGCCGUGGAGCUUUUACAAACCCACAUCAGUUUCUCCAGCAAGGUCUCCGAGGUCUCCGUCCAACUGCCGUCACCACAGAUUCUUCGCCUAGCAGGCGGCAGUGUGUCUUUGGUAUGUUUCCUUUUGCUUCUAAAUCUUGGCCAAGUAGACACGCUGGUGAGUGCGGCUAUUUUCUUAGAUCUGUUCAUGACAACGAUCCUUACCCCAGUGGCGCCGACGCUUACGCCAAGCUACCAACUUAUUGCACUGCUCACGAGCUCCAAGAACGUCGUCACUUGCCUGAUCGCACCCUUCGCUGGCCGUUUCAUCGAUGGAAAUGAAGCGAAAUCCAUGCAGCUUGGGAUGCUGUGCGCGAUGCUAUGCACUCUAGGCUUAGCAGUCGUGAAGAACUACUGGUUCUGGCUAGCAAUACGCUGUAUCAGUGGAUGCUCCACAGCAGCUAUCGUCUGGGGCGGCUUUGCCCUUUGCAACCAACUGCAUGCAGAUGAGGCUCAAGCUCGCACCCAGGCGAUGUCCAUGGCAACGGCCGGCCUCUACGCGGGGGUUGUCCUUGGCCCACAGGCUGGCGGUUGCUUCGUGGAUGACACACGCCCCUUAUUCAUUUUCCUCAUGGCUGCGCAGAUGUGUAUGUACUACAUGAUGCGCAACCGGCUUCCAAGUUUACAACGGCCACCGGCGCUCAAAGAGACAGAAGAGGCGACAGUUGGUAUGCUGCAGUUAAUCAUGGACCCGGAUGUACGCAAUCCAAUUGUUGCUUUGUUUCUGGCUCUGGCCUUCAUUGCAGCACUGGGCUCCACGGCCUUUGAGUACAUGGUCCGCUUGGGGUAUGACCAGACAAAGCAGAACCUGACGUGGCUGUUGACUUCCGUUCCUGCUAUCCUCUUUGCGUAUCUCGUUCCAAUGCUUCGGUCACUAUUGGAAGGGCACACUUUGCAGAUCGUGGCGAUGUUUCUUUGUGGCGGCAGCGCUUUGCUAAGUUUCCCUUCAGACUACAUCUCCCCUCACACGCUCGCUCUCACACUGCUUGGUGCGAGUGUCGCAGCUGGAAUUGUGGAUGGAAAUACGCCAGCGAUGUUGGCAGAUCGGAGUCAGGAGAAGUACGGCGGGACGGGUCAGGUAUUCGUCCUUUCCAAUGUUGCGGACCAAGCCGCCUUCAUCCUUGGUCCGGCAGCGGGCAGCAUCAUCUGCCAGCACGUCAGUUUUGGAUUGAUGUGCCAAAGCUUUGGCGGCUGCAUGCUGCUCUAUGCCUUUCUUUUGACCGUGUCCACAUAUAUGGAGCACGAGGUCGAGCCCUCGAAAUUUGGGAAGCACUCCAGCAGCGGCAAGCAUGUGUGGAAAGACUGGGGCGCCGCAACACGGUGCUUGCAACACAGAGGGGACGUGAAGGAUGGCAUCGGCUGCAUGGGCAUUCCUAUCCACUUGUCACAAGCUUUCCGCUACCAAGCACCGGGCAUGCCAUACUCCGAGGGAGCCAUCUAUGGACGCUUUGACCACCCAACGAGGCGGAAGCUGGAGCAGUGCCACCAGUCCUUGGAGAUGACAUCUCAGGCUUUGGCCUUCAGCACCUACGAGGCCGCAGUGGCAGGUGUUUUGGCCUUACUGAGAUCGGGCGACCGGAUGCUCGUCCUGGGGUUGCGGGAGAAAAACCGACUGCGCUUCUUUGAGCAGACGCUUGGGAAGCGAUCCUGUCAGCUCCAGGAGGUCGCGUGCCCGGCAGGCCUGUCCUCGGCCGAUCGUGGCGACUUGCUUUCGGGCGCCAAGCUCUGUUGGCUCGAUCCGGGGAUCUGUGCUGGACGUGACCAGAUUGAGAUCAUGGCCUGGAGCAGGGCCUGCAGACGGGCUGGUGUUCUGCUAAUCGUGGAUGGGUCUUUAUGCCCACCAACCUCCCAGCUCCUUCUGCAAGGUGCUUCCGUGGCUCUUUAUCCUUGCGAUGCCUUCAUCAGCGGCCGCACUGAUGUGCAGACUUGCAUUCUUGCUACAAAUGAUCAGAGUGCUUACAAGCGCUUGCACUACUUUCGACAGACCAUGGGAAGCACACCGAGCCCUUUCGAGUGCUACCUCGGCUUCCGAGGGUUUUUAAACCUCGGAGCCCGCGUUAGCCGACAGGCAAACACCACCCAGUACUUGGUAGCACAGCUUCGGAGCGAUGGGCAGGUGGCGCAGGUGGUGCAGGUGGCGGAGACAGGCUUUCAGUUGAGGACUACGCCGAGCGAAGCUACGAGCCAGGCCUCUGCAGCUUUGGACGGCCUCUCCAGGCUCACGCUCAUCUGCUCACACGCGCCACAUUCAACACAUGCCAAGUUCGCCUGGCCAGACAUCUCUCCAGAGGAGCAUUUGGUCUGGAACGGUUCCAGCUUGCCUUGGACGGCUUUGCGAACUCACGCUUGGGUGGUACCAGGAGAACCAGGAGAGCUGCUGGUCCAAGUCCAGGUUGGCUUAGAGAAUCCCGGCGACUUGCUGCGGGACAUCUCCCAUGCCUUUACAGUGGUUACGGAGGCUGGUUAUCCAGCGAAGGGACUGCUGCCUCUUGAAGGCUUCACCAGUCGCUUGCUCAAGAUUGCGUGUGAUCCUCCGGAUCCAGAUGCGCCAAGCGCAUGCCGUCGAUAUCCCCAGUUCGAAAAGAGCAUCUUGGAGAAGUUAAUGGCAGAGGCUCACAACGCAAAGUUUGCCGUUGCCUUUGCGAGUGGAUCCGCCACUUACCACGCUCUCCUGGAUCGGCUUUCUCCUGGUGAUCACGUGAUUGCCAGCAACAGGCUCUACGUAGGUGCCUUCGAGGCCUUCCGAGAUAUUGCUGCUGACGCCUACGGCCUGGACUUUACUUUCUUGGACCUGGACGAUGUAGACGCCAUCGUCGCUGCCAUGCGACCAGAGACGCGGCUCCUGUGGGUGGAGUCCGCAUCGAAUCCCUUAGGACACCCUGCAGACGUGUCUCGUCUGGGCGAGCUUUGCCGGCACUAUCGCCAAGGACACCCUGGCCAGCAACUGCAUCUGGUGGUGGACAACACAUGGUGUGGACCGUAUAUGCUGCAGCCUCUCUUGCAGGGUGCUGACCUGGUGAUCGAGUCUCUGACGAAGACCAUCGGCGGCCAUUCUGACCUCAUGCUUGGUGCUAUUUGCACCGACUCCAUUGAGAUUCAUGGUCAGCUCGUGGAGGCCCAGGCGCGCCUUGGUAGUGGACCAGCACGAUUGGACUGUGAUCUGGCAAUUUCCAGCCUUUUCACCUACGAAGCACGAAUGGAUGUUAUGGUCGCCAGCGCUCGCAAAGUCGCUUCCGCACUGGAUGCUGAUUCCAGAGUCAGCAAGGUUCAUUUCUUGGGAUUCCAAGGGACAGCUGAGAUGAAAGCUCAUCCCGGCAACAUGAUUGCCUUCUACGUCAAUGCCCAGAAGGACGACGUCAUCAAGUUCCUCGAUUGCUUACACUUGAUCAAACUGGUUGGAUCCUUUGGGGAUUGUUGCACUACCAUUGAGGUGCCAUACACGAUGUUCGCCGGGACAGGAGCCGACUUGAAGGCGGGCAUUGCCGAUAACCUGCUGCGCCUAUCAAUCGGCUUGGAGGACACUCAGGACAUUAUUUUUGACAUCUUGAAUGCUCUGAGCGUUGCGCUGUGA